CAAUUCUCAAACCGGGCUUGGCUGACCCCUGGAGCUCAGUGAUCUACUCAUGCAAAGCCUGAGAGAGUACGAUUCCUUAAUUAGUUGUUGUCCUUGGCCUAGACCACCUCUCAGCAACAAAGAUGAAGAUCACCAACGCCCGGGCGCUCCUCAAGAAGGCAGCAGCUAUGUGCAAGAGCAAGACCAGUGUCCUCACGGCCAGGCUCCUCAUCCUCGCCUCCGUCCAUCGCAGGUUGGCCACGGUCGGCGCCAUUUCUCACAGGAUCCAUGCCCUCAUUGUGGCUGACCGGGAGAAGGGUGCCAAAGUGGACUACCACAAGGCUCUCAUGCUCCGCAAGGUUGAGAAGCCAAAGUACCAAGUCGGUGAGAUGGUUGAUCCGUCCCACCAUCUAACAUUGUUUGUUCAAGAGGACGGUGUUGGUGGCUGCCCUGACUGGACACUGCACCCCAUCUUCAGCGACGAUGACGAUUUCUGUUACACUGAUGAGUAUGGCAAUGAUGAUGAUGAUGGAGAUGAUCCCUCAGUGAUGACUGCAAUAAGGAGCAACCAGGAGGCUGAUUUGGAAUUCAAUAUGGACGACGAUAUUGACCUGGCUGCCGAAAUGUUCAUCAGAAGGUUCCGUGAGCAGAUGGACGAGAACUUCUCGUGAUGUUGUGUUCCAUAUAUACCAUGCAUGGUAGCGCACAUAGCUACUGCUAACAAAAUGACGGUAGCAUUGAUGAGAGUGAGAUCGAUAAUGUAGAUAGGCCGGGGACAUUUGUGUCCAUAACCAAGGAUAUGAGAUUUUGCGGGUGUCCACAAGUUAGAAGUUUUUGAUAGAUACCUACCUCGUAAAAUUUGUACUUAUAACUGUAAGUGUGUCUCAAACGAAAGAAAAAACAUUAUAUGAAUUUUUUGGAAU